AUGGCCGACGGUGAAAUGGGAAUAUUUAGACUGUCCAAGUUGGCGUUCCACGCCAUCCCCAACUUCCAGCUUCAAAAGUAUUACGAGUUGAAUGUACCAUGCAUCGAUCUUCAAGAAUGUUGCCGGUCGCUGUUAAAAAUUGUCAAGUUGAACACCGAAGGCGGUUACUUUGACCCGAACGGUGACAGGCUGUCCAUGUUCGACAAGGUGAAGUCCAUCAGCAAACACAAGUUCGAAUACAUAUGCACAACAGCCGUAGGUUACGGUCACCUCGAUUGUCUUCAGUUCGCCCACAAAAUCGGAUGCAAAUGGGACAAAUUUACGUCCGCCAGGGCCGCGGGUACCAGUUUGGAGUGUUUGAUGUACUUACACGCCAACGGGUGUGAAUGGGAUCAAUCUACGUGUACUCAAGCCGCUACAUCGGGGAUGUUGGAAUGUCUCCAGUUUGCACACGAACAUGGAUGUCCGUGGACUGAAUCGACGUGCUCCGAAGCCGCAUAUUUAGGUAAAUUGGACUGCCUAAUGUAUGCACGGGCCAAUGGUUGUCCUUGGGACGAGUCGACGUGCUCCAAAGCCUGCCUUAGUGGGAACUUGGAAUGUCUAAAGUUUGCUCAUGAGCAUGGUUGUCCUUGGAGCGAAUUGGUAAUAACCGACGCCGUGGUCAAUGGCAAACUUGACUGUCUAGUAUAUGCGCGAAACAACGGUUGUCCAUGGAUGGAACAGUUUCUAUGCUUUAUCGCCGCAGCGAAUGGAAAACUUGAUUGUUUGCGUUUUCUUCAUGAAAAUGGUUGUCCAUGGAAUACAUAUACGUGCGCCAUAGCUGCAGCGCAUGGGCACUUGGAAGUUCUUGAGUACUUACAUGAAAACAAUUGUCCUUGGGACACAUUAACGUGUAAGUUGGCUGAACAGUUUGAUGAAAUUGAAUGCUUGGAAUACGCUACCUCACAUGGAUGUCCAUGGAUCAAAAAUUCAUUAGUUAAUGACUCGUAA